AUGCGACGUUUACAAAAGAAAGACCUUGAAACCCAAAUACCACCUAUCGUAGAACGUUCUUCACAACAUUGGGUUUGGCUCAUCGGUCUUAGUAUUACUGCUGGAGUUAUUCUUUUAAUUAUUCUUGUCGGUGUUCUGUGGUGUUGUGGAUUUUUUAAACGAUAUCGUCCACAGUAUCCUAUAUCGACUCUAGUCGAUCCACCAUUAACUGAAGGUCAUUAUUACUUAGCAUCAUCUCCAAAAUCAAGGCAAUAUCCAGGACAUGAUGAUCAUGAAGAAACACUGAGUAAUAUGGAUGAUAAUCAAAUGAUGAUAUAA